AUGGUUUUGCUAUCUCAAGUCAUCGGUGUCAGCUUGAAGAUCGACGGAAUGACAAGCAAUUUGAUAUCAGUGCACAUUAUGCGGACACAAGGUGCGUCACAUAAGAUUGAUGCAAACUUGUUGAGAGAUUAUGUUUCAAAUAAAGGGUUUCGGUUUAGCACAAAAUCCGGAAUGGAAUUGCUGAUUGGUUGCGAUUAAGCCGGGUUCAACUUAAGUAUGAG